UUGUUGCCUUUGGCUGGUUCAAGAGGUUUCAUGUUUUGCCAUCAUAUGUUUUCAUUGAUCGCGGCCGUGUGAUCGACGUUGCACACCUUGUUUUCAUUCGUUUCUCCGCAAAUAAUGUUGACUUAAUUUAAUUAAGCAUCAAGCAUGUUUGCUCAAGCGCAGCACUCGUUCCUCCUGAUCGAAUUAAGCAGUUGAGUUGCGAACGACCACGACGCAUACUCCGGGUUGCCAGAGCUAGAAGGAAAAAGCGAAAAGGGACAACACCGCGUCCUGCCUGUCCUGGAUGUUGACUUGGUUAUGUCUUCGACUGUCGACGACACUACCACGGAUAAUGCUGAAAGUAGUGUUCCUGAAAAACCGAAACGUGGCUCCGAGACCUACACGAAUUGCGCGAACAUGUUCUUCUACGUAAGGGAGAUCUGCUUUUUCCUCACCAUCGCAGUCACCUCCUACGCUGCCAUCCACAAUGCGCCAAAACUCGUUUCCCAAAUUUUGCCGGCUACCCCCUUUUUCGGCCAAAACUCCCACAUCAUUGAUUUCUACAAUGGUGAGCUCAGCCCUGCUUUCGAGAAGAUUUCUGAGUCCGACUUGACUUUCGUCAUGUACUACGCCCCAUGGGACGCAGAGAGCCAAAUAGUAAAAGCAGAAUUUGACCUUUUAGCAUCUUACUACAGCGAUGAGAUCAAUUUUAUUGCCGUGAAUUGCUGGCACCCUGUUGGAGAGUGUAGACGACAAUUCAACAAAGUGCAACACUUUCCUGUGCUCAUCGCGUACCCCUCACUACGUAGCAAAGGCAUUCAGUACAGAGGAAUCAAAAAGGCUUCUCACAUGGCCAGAUUCUUGAAAGUAGCUCUGCGACCUUUGACCCGGGUUGAUGCGACUCCAGACCUUCUCGACCUUAUGGCCAAAUAUGACGCUGUCAUUGUGAGUUGUGUGGACAUGUCAAACAGCAGGUCGGGCUACCAGACUGUCUACUUGUCAUCCCUGAUGGCGCUCGAACGAGAUCCUUUCCAGGAAGUAGCGUUUGGGGUAGUUACGAAUCCAAAGACUUGUGUUGAGCUGGGUUUCGAAAAGGAAGAUUUGACUCUCCCCUGUGCAAAACUGUACCUAUGGAAUGAAACUUUGGACUAUGAAGGGGACUGGCUUAGUGAGAAUCUGGUCAAGUGGGUGUCCAGUAACAUUCACCAAGCGGCUGUUUGGGUGACCCUUCCCGGCUCAAAAUCGAUGACUUUAGCCCCUUAUGUAGAAGAAGGGCCAGCCCUUUUGAUGUUCACUCCCAGAAAUCCAUUUUUCUCUACAACCCCAUAUUUCAAUUUGCUGAGGGAAAUUGGUAUAGAAUAUUACAACUGUAAUAAAAACUCCAUCGUUAGUUAUCUGUCUCAACAUUUGGCAGCAGAAAGAACUGCAAGCAAACAAAAACAUCGUAAUCAAGAAAAAUCGUGCUUCACAUCUGUAUCAAAGGGUGACAAUUACUGUCCAAUGACAACUAAAGCUCCAACAUGUGCCACUGUAACUUUGCCUGCAGCCAUUAAUUUCACAAUCAGUUCUAAAAUGCUGAGAGAGAAAACUGAGCGACUCAAGUGGGAAACAAGUUGUGAGGAUGCCAACGUGCGUCUUAACACCAAACUGUGGAAAGCAGAAAACUGUCUGGUUCCCUCGACACCAGAAGUCGUUUUGCCACCAAACAGAAACACUACCUCAAUCACAAUCGAUCCUAGAACUUUGUCGCUGGGAAAAAUUAAGAGGGACCAAAGAUGUAAAAGGUUGCUACUUGGACGAAGAUUGCAUGUUCCAGUCUACCCAAAAAGAAGCCAAGAGAAGUUCGACUUUAGCCAGUUGCAAGGGUUGUCAUGCACCAACAACAGGUCUCUCUCUCUCCUUGCACUCGACUCGUUGGAGUUUGGUGAAUUUGCAAAGCACGUAGGUGUUGACACAUCACAGAUGUUGGAUAAGACUGCUGUUGUUAUUGUUGAUGGUGCUUCAGAAACAAGCAACUUGCUCAUUGGACCUAUUACUAAAGUGACCCUCACUGAAUUUCUGGUCAAUCACACCGCAAACUCUCUACAACGCUCCAAACGGACUUUCGAGAGAGACGAAUACAAGAAACUUUGUCCUAGUGGCUCUUUCUGUGUACCUGAACUGAACACAACUAAUUUUCUUGCCAGUGUGCUUAAAGAAUCAGAGGAUGUUGCUGUUCUCUAUCACUCCCCGCUUUGCGGAAUGUGUGGCAGCGCCAGCCUUGCUUUUCUAACAGUGGCCCGAUUGUUUCAAGGAACGUCGAAUCUGCGAUUCGUCCGCAUCGAUGGCGAAAACAACGACCUUCCGUGGCAAUAUUCCAUGGAAUCCUACCCUACAAUUUUAUUCUUCCCUGCUUUCGGAAAAUCUGAAAGCAGAGUUUUCUCCCGAAGACAACCGAUCACCGUUGAAACUCUGACCCAUUUUGUAUUGGCGAACCUGAGAACUGAUUCCAGACUUCACUCCCUGCUCAGUUUGCACGGCAGCAAGAAGCAAGCAAGACUGCACACUCUGACAGCGCUAAGGAGUUUGUCCUCUCAGUACAGAUUGCAAAGACAACAGAAAAAUUGUUCGGCUUUCUUGCCCUGGCGUAGGUUUAAGCAGAGGUCGCAGUACUUAAGGCUCUUGCACCUUGCCCUAAACAACUCCUGCCUGGAGGAAGAAGCUACAGCCAGUCUAAAUCGAUAUUACCACCUUUCGCCUCACACCUCGACAAGGAGCUUCAAGCAAUACUCGAUACGACAUUUAAGACAAUGAGCAAUAUUAUACUCGUCAAAAAUUUUUAAUCAAAAUGUAUUUCUGGAUUAUUUUGAUUUUGUAUGCUAUAAAAAUUCAUUUUUCAUUGUCAUCUAAGCUUUGAAACCAAAUCAAUUAUUAUAUUUUUCCGAAAUUCUGUACAAGAUAUUUGUCUUUCGUAUUAUUGCGGAACAAUUUGACUGUGUAAAAUGUUAAAUGUGCGCAGAGAUAGCGGAAGAAGUUAUCGGAUGGCUUUUUCUUGUGAUAUGUACAGUUCAUACUGGAGGAGUAGUGCUAGAGAAACCUAUUUUUAUAACAACCGUCUGCAAAGCCUCAGAAAUGGUUAUUGCGAUUGAGCAAUUCAUUGUUUAGAUAUAAUGCUGUUUUCAAUAAAUUACUGUUUGUGCAUUAAAAAAAAGGGAA